AUGUAUAACGGGAUUGGACUCACCACCCCUCGAGGGUCUGGUACCAAUGGUUACAUUCAGAGCAACAAAUUCUUCGUGAAGCCGAAAACGAACCGGGUAACCGAUUCCACCGGACGUUUCGACGCCGAUCAAGUCACCGCCGGUCUCACCGCCAAGAAACCGAACAAGGAAAUCCUCGAGCAUGAUCGCAAGCGUCAGAUUGAGGUCAAGAUUUUGAUUUUGGAAGAUAAACUCACCGAACAAGGUUACACCGAAUCUGAGAUCGCCGAUAAGAUUGCCGAAGCCAGGAAAGCUCUCGAAGAUGCCCAGCAAGAGGAGGAAGGAGAAGUUAUAGAUACGUCUACUCAUGAUUUCUGCUUAGGGUUUCGGAUACGCAGACUCACCGAGUUGUUGCGAGGAAGGAGAAGCAGAUGGAGACCUUUAGGGCUGCUCUCGGAAUAG